CCGCACGCGGCUCGUUCCCGUCUUCCCGCCCUCUCUUCCGCACGGUUCCUUCUCCUUCUCUCCUGCACGUCUCUUUCCGGCGGCCACUGCUUCAGAGCUUCUUUCCGGUGGCCACUGCACGUCUCAUUGGCAUCUGUGAUCAGAAAUUUUUCUUGCUUUGAUUUGGUUGGUGUUUCUUCACUGUGGAAUCAAGAUGAUAGUGGAUCUGAUUUUAAUAUGGGGUUUCUAAUAAGUUUUUACUUACUUACUAAACCUCAAUCGCCCUGCCUCUGCGUUGGAAAUGGAAUAGUUUAUCUUACUGCAUAAAAACGUUCGCUUUCUGCUAAAAACACCGGGCCUUUCCUAAAAUCGUAUAGUAGCUAAUUUUGUCGGUGCUGCCUCCAUAUUCAAAGGCAAAAUGCCUGUCUUUUCAUAUACUUCAUCUUCUUUGGAUAACACGGGUUAGCAACCAAGUUUGAACCAGGAUGGUGUUUGUUUCUGGGUUGCAAGCAAGUUCAGGUUUGGUUCAUUGGCAUCCUAAACUACCAUUCAAGGGUGAAAGAUAUGAUUCUGCCAUAUUUAAUGGCUGCAAUGCCUUCCAACUACCAGCUAGAAUGAUCCAUAGAGCAAGGAUCCAAUAUUCUCGUCCAGAGCAUUUUGGCACCAGAUAUGCAAUGUCUGGAGGAAGAAGUGGAGAAAGAAUUCAACAUCAGUUGAGCUCUGGCGAUGACUUGUCUGAGGAGCCCUUCUGGGUCAGUCUGAUUAAGGACGCCGUGUGGGGCUUGAAAUCUUUAUUUGUAUUUCUGGCUGAGCAACCUAGUCAGCUGAAGUAUAUAGAAUGGCCUGGUCUUCAAAGCACGCUGAAGACUGCUAUCCUCACUCUUGUUCUUGUAGCAGUGCUCAUUGUGGCAGUAUCGUCAGUUGACUCUGCCCUCAGCUACGUGUCGACUUUGAUUCUCAGAAAAACGCCAUAAUUUUCAAGGUUAUUCCUGGAAGUGUAUAUUUCAGGUUAUGGCCCUGUUCCUACUUGUAGAUGCUCAUCUGUUCAUCCGAUUGGAUGGAGAAGAGAAAAAAUAAGCAGAAAAUAUCUGGCAUGCCUAUUCAAAACUGGAAAAGCUAGUCAUCUUUGGAAUUUUGUUAUCAGAGCAGUAAUGUAACUUCUCAAUGAAGAAGUAGACUACAUAAAAAGAAUUCAUAACGUUGCUCCACCCCCUUACGUUUUAUUGCUUUUUGAAAAUUUGAGGGAUAUUCUGCUUAAAAUCAGUAGAGAAGCAAAAUGUAACGAAAUACCGCUCGAGCUUAUGAUUGAAAUUUGGAUGAUGAUAUUUAAAUUA